AUGUUGUUAAUUCGAUUAUUCACUGAUCUUCUUCAUUCUCACUGGUCAUUUUCAUCAAUAGAUAAACAUUGUAGUCAAUAUACUUUCAGCAGUUUUAGAAAAACUUGGAGUAGUGAAUUAUUUUCAUCUAACUGGACACAACCAAUACUUAAUCAUUUACUAUUGACCGGACCUUCGACAUUGUUCAGAUUGUCCAAUUCAAAAUUGGUUUGGACAAAAGAACCCGACGCUGAAAUUAGAGGAUUUUUAGCUAACUCUGUAAGCUCAUCGAUUGGUGGUAUAAAUAUAAUGUCAUAUUAUAAAGGUCACACGGAACAAUCGUUUGGACCAUUAAAUACAGAGCGAUUACAAUUUCAAGGAUCUGACAAUUCCUAUCAGAGAACUCAACGAAAAUUUUAUAUCGAUAUUUAUAAAGUUACGAAAACCGAUGAACAGCUCGAUAAAAUUGUUACUGUUACACCAGGAUAUGGUUGCUCUAGUUAUUUGGUUAAGAAAGGCUCAAAUCAGUGGAUAGAUCCACCUAACAUGGUACGAUAUUCAUUUCAUUAUAUUUCAAAAGUUUAUAAUGAAGGUAUCGAAAAGUCAAUCACACAGAAUGAGGUUUUCGUAAGUAACAAUUUGAACAUAGUCGGUUUGAAAACAAUCAGUCAAAGUAUUACAACUGAGGCUAUUUAUGAUUACACAUUGGGGAUCUAUUAUACUGAGAAAGAAAAGAGUAAAUGCUCAAUAUUACCUAUUGGGCCUGGAAGCCUAGGUUUAGAUGAAGAUAACAGACUAUCGUCCGAUUUAGUCUUGAAUUAUCAUGAUGUCGAUAAAUACAAUUAUGUUGGUAAAGUUUUCCUUAAUUCUGAAUCAAGUUAUGAAGCCCAUGUUUGGGAAACUACCCUCAAUCAUUAUCAAAUUGGAGGAAAAGUUAUGAUAAAGUUGUCAACACUCAAUAUUUUGUUUCUUCGCCUGAUUCCGAACUUUUCAGAGGCUUUGUUCUCAUACGAACCACCCUAAAUGGUCUAGCAAAAUCAUCAAAU